AUGGAGGUGGCUGUCGGCUCGGCAACCUCGCUCCUCGGCAAGGUGUUGACGGUGCUGUCGGACGGCCUAGACAGCCUCCAGCUCGGCCACAACUCGGAGCAGAUCAAGGACAAGCUACUGCACACGCAAGGCCUGCUGCACGUUCAGGCCCCAAUGUGGAUUUUAGCUCAAUCAAACCAGUCAGCUAUGGAGACUGCAACUUCAGUGAUGCCUAGGUCGUUCUGGAGCCUUUCUGCUGCUUCCUCUCCACCACUACAUCGGCCUCAGACUGCUUCCAUGAUUAUACAAGACACAUUGUAUGGCAGGAGAGACGUUUUUGAGGAAACUGUCAAUCGUAUCACCACUCUUACCGGUACCGCACAGACUGAGACUGUUUCUGUUCUUCCUAUAGUUGGUCCAGGGGGGAUUGGCAAGACAACUUUAGCCCAACAUCUUUAUAAUGAUGGCAGGACUAAAAAGCACUUUGAUGUUCCAGUCUGGGUAUGUGUAUCGACUGAUUUCGAUGUGCUUAAGCUCACCAGGGAGAUCCUUGCCUGCAUGACUGCAACUGAAGAAGAAGGAGGAAGGGGCAGUGCUGCAAAUGAAACAACCAAUUUAGACCAGCUUCAGAAAUCCAUUGCGCGGCGCAUCAAGUCCAAGAGGUUUCUGAUUGUCUUGGAUGAUAUAUGGAGAUGUGACGGUGAGGAUCAGUGGAAGACCCUGCUAGCUCCGUUCACAAAGGGGGAAGCCAAAGGAAGCAUGGUACUUGUCACAACUCGAUUCCCAAAGGUAGCAGACAUGGUGAAAACAGUUGAUCCACUAGAGCUGCGAGGUUUGGAGUCUAAUGACUUCUUCACAUUCUUUGAAGCAUGUAUAUUUGGUGAAGACGACAAGCCUGAGCAUUACGAAGAUGAGUUUGCUGGUAUUGCAGGAAAAAUUGCAAACAAGCUAAAGGGUUCCCCACUCGCAGCCAAAACAGUUGGUAGACUAUUGCACAAGCACCUUUCUCAGGAACAUUGGAAUGGAGUUCUUGAAAAGCAUCAGUGGCUAAAGCAGCAAGAAAAUGAAGAUAUCAUGCAAUCUUUAAAGAUUAGCUACGAUUACCUCCCAUUUGAUCUGAAGAAAUGCUUUUCCUAUUGUGGCCUUUUCCCUGAAGAUCAUAGGUUUACUUCUUCAGAAAUCAAUCAUUUCUUGGUUGCAACAGGCAUCAUAGACUCUAAUCACCAAGCCGAUAGGAAUUACUUGGAAGAACUAGUGGACAAUGGUUUUCUCAUGAAGGAAUUAGAUGAUUGCGUUGGUGGAUACUGCUACGUAAUGCAUGAUUUAAUGCAUGAGCUAUCUAAGAGUGUUUCUGCACAGGAAUGCCACAAUAUAAGUGGCUUUGGUUUCAGAGCUGAUGCCAUCUCGCAAUCUGUUCGGCACUUAUCUAUCAACGUAGAAGACAUAUAUGAUGCAAAUUUUGAGAAAGAAAUGUGUAAACUAAGGGAGAGGAUAGAUAUUGCUAAUCUGCGGACUUUGAUGAUUUUUAGAGAAUAUGAAGAAGAAAGAAUCGCCAAGAUUUUGAAAGAUAACUUCAAGGGAAUAAAUAGUCUGCGUGUCCUGUUUAUAGUGGUGAAGUCUGCACAAUCUUUUCCGGAUAGGUUUCCAAAACUUAUCCACCUCCAAUACCUCAAAAUUAGUUCAUCUCUCGAUGGUGACAGGGAAAUGAGGUUACCUAGCACAUUACCAAGAUUUUAUCACUUGAAAUUCUUGGACCUAUAUGAUUGGAAUGGUCGUUCUGAUUUGCCUGAAGACUUUAGCCACCUUGAGAAUUUACAUGAUUUCCAUGCUCGAAGUCAUCUCCACUCCAACAUUCGCAAUGUGGGAAAGAUGAAACAUCUGCAGAAGCUAAAAGAAUUCCAUGUUAAAAAGGAGAGCAUGGGAUUUGAACUAACAGAACUUGGGGCAUUGGCAGAGCUUGAAGGGCGACUGAUUAUACGUAGUCUUGAACAAGUGGCAACCAAGGAGGAAGCUACUGCAGCCAAACUGAUGUUGAAAAGGAAUCUGAAGGAGCUGGAAUUACUCUGGGGAAGGGAUGGACCAACUACAGAUGUUGAUAUUCUUGCAAGCUACUUGAGCCAAACAGAGCUGGAAUUAGUGUCGGGUAGAGAUGUUCCAACUGCAGAUGCUGAUAUUCUUGAUGCUCUUCAACCACACUCUAAUCUUAGAGUACUUACAAUUGCAAAUCAAGGUGGUACCGUUGGUCCUAGCUGGUUGUGUCUUGACAUCUGGUUAACUAGUUUAGAGAGACUCACUAUAGAAGGCGUAUGUUGGAGCACCCUCCCACCUUUUGGGAAGCUACCAAAUCUCAAGGUACUCAAUUUGAAGAAAAUUUCUGGAAUGAAUCAGUUUGGGCUGCGAUGUGGUGGCGCUCCAGGGAAAUGUUCUAUGCGCUUGAAGACAAUCGAGUUUUUUGAUAUACCACAACUUGUUGAGUGGGUUCUGGAACCUAAUUGCCAUUCCUUUCCAAGUCUUGAAACAAUCGAAUGCAUCGGUUGUCCCAAUCUCUGUGUGAUGCCCUUGUCGGAGGUAUCUUGCACCAAUUUGCGCACACUUCGAAUUGUCAGGUGCCCCAAGAUUUCUCUGCCCUCCAUGCCUCACACCUCCACACUGACAGAUUUGAAUGUUGAAAGAGGUGGAAGACGUUAUUCAGAAACAUUGUUGUCUUAUGAUGGAAACAGAUUGGUUGUUACAGGGUAUGGCGGUGCUUUGGCCUACCACAAUCUGGAUAAAGUAGAAUAUAUGGCUAUUGAAAAUGUAUCGCACAUUUCAUUGACAGACAUCAAAAAGCUUAAAUCCUUAACAGAACUAAGUGUCGGAAGAUGCAACGGUUUGUUCCUUGAAGAGCUGGAUGGCAGUAUUGUCUUCCAUUCAGUUAAGAGCCUCGAAUUAGACGUAUCUCAUCUUACCAGCAGCAAAUCAUCAUCGUCGAAAGUGUUAAACUGUUUCCCAGCUCUUUCUGUGUUGGUGAUAGUUGGCUAUGAGGAAUGUGUAAUGCAGUUCCCAUCAUCCACCUCACUGCAGAAACUUACCUUCUCAAGGUGUAAGGGCCUAGUUCUUGUGCCUGUGGAGAAUGGAGGAGGAAUUCAGGAGGACAAGUCAUUGCUCCAAUCAUUAACCAUAGUCAGCUGUGGCGAAUUGUUCCGUCGGUGGCCAAUGGGAGAAUCGGAGACCAUUUGCCCUUUCCCUGCUUCCCUGAGGGAACUUGAUGUUUGUGAAGAGCCAAGCAUGAAGUCAAUGGCUCUGCUCUCAAACCUCACGUCUCUCACCACUCUAAGCCUAAAACACUGUUGUAAUCUAACAGUGGACGGAUUCAAUCCUCUCGUCGCAGUCAACCUCAUGGAACUGGAAGUGCGUAUGUGCAACACCUUAGCAGCAGAUAUGCUCUCAAAGGUGGCCAAAUUAUUGCCUGCAGGUUACAUCUCUAGACUAGAGAAACUCACGGUGGAUGACAUCUGUGGAUUGCUUGUUGCUCCUAUUUGCAACCUCCUCGCCCCGGCCCUCCACACACUUAUAUUCGAGAAAGACAAUGAGAGGAUGGAAGGCUUGACGGAAGAGCAAGAGAAAGCGCUGCAGCUCCUCGCCUCCCUCCACAACCUAGGUUUUUGGUGGUGCGACGGUCUGCAGUCCCUUCCUCAAGGGUUACAUCGCCUCUCUUCUCUCAAGGAGUUACGUGUCUUUGGGUGUGAAGAAAUCCGAUCGAUGCCCAAGGAGGGUCUCCCCGUUUCGCUGAGAGAACUCCAGAUGAAUUGUCGCAGCGCUGAGAUAAAGGAGCAAAUUGAGAAAAUCAAAAGAGCCAACCCAGAUUUAUACGUCUAUUGAAGCUGACAUAUUUGCAAGAUUGAUACGUAUUUCACAAGUGGAAGCAGAUACAACCAACUGACUCUUCAUUCUGCAAC